AUGUUGACUGUCUUGGAGCUGCCCAGCGCAAGCGCAAGCGCCACCCCACCUCGCAUCAAUGGCCCCCGCCCCUCCCCCGCCACCCAGCCUCUCUGGCAAGGCGCGCGCGAGGCCGAAGCGCCGUCUGCACCAGGCCCGGGGCUCCGACGACAACGCUGGGCGUCGCAAGGCGCCCCGCCUGCGCCUCGUCCACGGCGAGGAGGGCGCGCCUCCGAGAUACAACUUCCCGGUCAUCGACCCCACCGCCGACGACGGCGCGGCUCUGGUUCCAGGCGUCCACGCCAGCCCAGGUCUGGACGGGCAGUACGACCAGAUGUACGACAGCGGGGCGGGUCACCGGGAUUUGUCGCCAAGAACGGCGAGGACGAGCGGUCGCGGGGACAGGGUAUGGACCUGGAUAAGGAGUUCGCCAAGAACGGCGAGGACGAGCUGUCGCGGGGACAGGGGCUGGACCUGGACCUGAACGGGGAGUUCGCCAAGAACGGCAAGGACGAGCUGUCGCGGGGACAGGGGCUGGACCUGGACCUGGACCUGAACGGGGAGUUCGCCAAGAACGGCAAGGACGAGCUGUCGCGGGGGACAGGGGCUGGACCUGGACCUGGACCUGAACGGGGAGUUCGCCAAGAACGGCAAGGAGCUCAUCCCCAACGCCGGCAAGGAGGAAGCGGUGUCACGCGUCCACACCGGCGCUUCAGCUAGCGACCUUGAUAAGAAAAGACCAACGCAGAGCUUCUGUGGGAACUCAAGUGUGAUCUCUUUGAGGAAUAUGAUGUGAUGCUCGUGUUGCUUGAAAGAAUCAGCGUGCUGACCGAGGAUUUGCGGUACUGCUCCGACAAGGUUACAGCUGCUAAAAAGGAUGAGAUUGCUGCCGCAUGGAAGUCGAUACGGGAUCAUAGGACGGUAUGUAGCGAAAUCAUCCAGAAGACCCGCCAAGCAAAGGGCACCAUCUACCCGAUUCCGGAGAUGUUUCUGGAGUGAACUGUUAGGGGUGCAGAUGCAACACUAGACAGUACAGGUGACAACAAUAGACAGAGAGUAGAUAGUCCAGACGUCAACAUUUCAGUUGACCCAUACGUUAUUCUUUCCUUUCUUAAGGUGUGCAAAUAGAUAGACAUGGAUCAUAUGCUGCUGCAGCAGUCAACUAUGCGAGUUCUGCUAGGAUCCUGCUUACGGAUUUUUUUUGUUGAUGCAUGAUGCUAUUAGUUGCAUCACUGCAUUGCCGUUCUGUUAUUAGUUCAGAGCCAUGAUUCUUGAUU